CUGGCUAACGCACCAAUUCGCGAUCCUCUCGAAAACGUUUCUGCUGCUUUCUUUUUUUGUUGUUGUGUUGCGUACAUCUGAAAAGUUUUCCUAUAAACAUUGAAGCUCAUCGCAUCUUUUAUACUUUAUUAAAACUUGGCUUUCAUCUUACUGUACUGCUACUUGAUAUGAGCAUAUGACGAGUUAUUGACAAUGAAGUUUGGUAAAACGUUUGAGAAAUCACUAGAGGAUCAUCACAUCCCAGAAGAAUGGAUUGUGUCUUCAAUCCAAUAUAAACCUCUAAAGAAGAAAAUCAAUAAAGUUGUUGAAGAAAUGGAUGAUGCUGGUCUUACUCAUGAAAUUAUUGCUGAAAGACAAUUAAUGUAUUAUUACACUUUCAAAGAGAAUCAACAACAUGAAAUCCAACCAAAGUUAUUGACUGAUGAUAAUGAAGAUGCCAAUAGUAUUAAUGAAAAAAUGUUAACUUUACAUUCAGAUAUCGUGUUUUUCCAAGCUUUAUAUUCCCAAUAUUUAAAAUUAAUCCAAUUCAACAAAUUACAAAGUACUUUAAUAUUAGCCAAAAUCCAACAAUUGAGUCAUUUAAUUAAAAAAUUGACAAGCUCUGAUCAAAAAAAUAAAAAUGAUAUGUAUUUAUGGAGAGAAAUCUUUAACAAAUAUGUCGAAUAUAAACUUGAUUUAAAAUCUCAUUUUGAUUCGAAAAACCUUGAUUCAUUCGUUGGUCAUAUUGAAGAUAUAAAACUUUUGAAAAAAUUCAAACAUACAAAGAAAAACACUGAAUAUUUCCACAAUUUUUAUGAAUUAAACUUAGAAUUACUUAAAUUUUUAUCAUUUGAAAAUUUAAAUACAAUUGCAAUUAGGAAAAUUGUCAAGAAAUUUGAUAAACAUACUUUGUUACACAGUUCUCAAAAUUUCAACAAAAUGAUUACAUUUGAAAAAAGCUCAUUAUCAACAUCCUCAAUUGAACAAGUUAUAUCAACAGAUAUUGUUAAACUAGUACCACAACUAGAUGAUUAUUUGUGUCCAAUCUGUUUUUCAAUUGCCUAUAAACCGGUGAGAUUAACAUGUAAUCAUUUCUUCUGUAUCCGUUGUUUAAUUAAAUUACAAAGAAGAAAUGAACCAAAAUGUCCAAUUUGCAGGGAUCCUGUUGUUAUGGAUGCUACAGAAGCUAAUGUUGACUAUGAGUUAUUGGAGUAUAUGAAGAAGAAUUUCCCUAAGGAAGUGAAAAAAAAGCAAUCUCAAAAUGAAAAAGAGGUUACUGAUGAGACUUUGAGUACGUUAUAUGGAGAUGAUAAGUGUAUAAUAAUGUGAAUGUGUGUUUUUUAAUAGUUUAAUGUUUAAUGGUUUGCGAUUCAAGGUUGUAGCAAUUCGCGAAAUUCAUUAUGUUG